AAGAAGAAAGGAGAGAGCCCGAGUUGCAGAUCCCGCGCCUUUAACCCUUCCUUGAAUCAGAUGAAUCACUAUUAAGGUUUUCGGGCCGGAGGUGUUUUAGGUUUUUCACGAACGAACGAGCAACCGAGCUUCUCUCUCUGCUGCGUGCCUUGGAUCCCCUGGCUUCUGCUGCUCUAGAGAGUCGCCAUGGAUGGUAUCUUCAACAAGCUUAGAAAUUUGGAUACAUACCCCAAGAUCAACGAGGAUUUCUAUAGCAGAACCCUCUCCGGAGGACUUAUCACCAUAUUUUCUUCCGUCCUUAUGCUCUUGCUCUUUUUCUCCGAGCUCAGAUUAUACCUCCUUGCUGUUACCGAAACAAAGCUUGUGGUAGAUACUUCUAGAGGAGAAACAUUUCGUAUCAAUUUUGAUGUAACAUUUCCAGCCCUUGCAUGUUCUAUUGUCAGUGUUGACGCCAUGGAUAUCAGUGGAGAGCAACAUCUUGAUGUGAAACAUGAUAUAAUCAAGAAAAGAAUAGAUGCUCAUGGGAAUGUAAUUGAAGCUAAGCCGGACGGGAUUGGUGCAACCAAAGUAGAAAAGCCUUUACAGAGACAUGGUGGCCGACUUGAACACAAUGAGACAUAUUGUGGUUCAUGUUAUGGUGCAGAAGUGUCAGAUGAUGAUUGCUGUAACUCAUGUGAAGAAGUCCGUGAAGCAUAUCAAAAGAAGGGCUGGGGUAUGUCAAAUCCGGAUUUGAUUGACCAGUGCAAAAGGGAAGGUUUCCUACAAAGGAUUAAAGAAGAAGAAGGUGAAGGAUGUAAUAUUUAUGGAUUCUUGGAAGUCAACAAGGUGGCCGGGAAUUUUCACUUUGCUCCUGGGAAGAGCUUUCAGCAAUCAAAUGUCCAUGUACAUGAUUUGCUGCCUUUCCAGAAAGAAAGUUUUAAUAUAAGUCACAGAAUCAAUAGAUUAUCUUUCGGAGAACAUUUCCCAGGUGUUGUGAAUCCUCUUGAUGGGGUGCAGUGGAUGCAAGAAACACCAAGUGGGAUGUAUCAGUAUUUCCUUAAGGUGGUCCCAACUGUAUACACUGACAUAAAUGGCCGCACUAUCCAGUCGAAUCAGUUCUCUGUAACAGAGCAUUUUAGGGGUGCAGAAUUUGGCCGUCCGCCAUCCCUUCCUGGAGUUUUCUUCUUUUAUGACCUUUCUCCAAUUAAGGUGACUUUUACAGAGGAACAUGUAUCAUUCUUACACUUCCUGACAAAUGUUUGUGCUAUAGUUGGAGGUAUUUUCACGGUUUCGGGAAUAGUGGACUCGUUCGUAUACCAUGGUCAAAGGGCAAUCAAAAAGAAAAUGGAAAUUGGCAAAUUCAGCUGAUUCAUUGGUCAUUCUGGAAAUGACUUGGAUUCUUUUGUUUGGUAUGCCUGUCAAAGAGCUUUCCAUGAAGAAUUGAUUGGGCAGGUAAACAACUUGGCGGACGUCUCUUGAGGAUCAAUUUGCCGGCUUCUUGAAGCAUAACUCUGAUUAUGUCUCAAAUAAUUAUAUUUAGUGGGUUAACUUUCUUCCUCUCCUUUUAGCUAUUGUUCUUCCUUUUUUUCCAGUUUAACUUGUUUCUGUAAUCUAAUUGAUUAUGUGAAUACCCAUGGAAGAAGUGGUCAUCAAGGAUUGAGGUAAGGAUUUCUGUGGAGUACCAAAUGUAACUGAUCGUUUGAAAGAAGCUUGCAGUGGCAAUCUGUGUUGAUUGCA